AUUGACUCAAAGGCAGGGUUUUAAACAUUAUAUUUAGUUUGAGAAAGUAUAUUUGUGCGUUAUGUAAGUCAUGAUAAAGUUUAUUGGCAUCCGUGGAGGCUGUGUGGUCCGCUGCAAGGACUACGCAUAUGCCACAUGGUCAAAGGCUAAAGCCAUGAAGGAAAAGAAGAAGAAAACGGAAGAAGGUUCCGGAGGGGUCGCUGAGCUGAACCCUUGGCCGGAAUACAUUCAGAAACGUAUUACCUUGUGGGACAAGUUUAAAGCUCAGUAUGAUGAGCAGCUGGCUAGCAAGCCUGAUAUGAGCAUAGUAGUGACCUUGCCUGAUGGGAAGACUGUUGAAGCUAAAGCCUGGAAAACUAGCCCUUAUGAUGUUGCUAAAGGAAUUAGCGAGUGGUGGAGUGAAUACCAGGGUCUGGCAGACUCCACCAUCAUCGCUCGGGUGAACAAUGAGCUUUGGGACCUGGACCGGCCGUUGGAGAGUGACUGCAAGCUGGAACUGCUGCGUUGGGAUAAUACAGAUGCUCAGGCUGUGUUCUGGCACUCUUCUGCUCAUAUGCUGGGAGAAGCUAUGGAGAGGGUUUACGGAGGCUGCCUCUGCUACGGACCUCCUAUUGAUGAAGGCUUCUAUUACGACAUGUAUUAUCCAGAAAAAGGGAUCUCAUCAACCGAUUUCCACGUUCUAGAAGGCCUCGUAAAGAAAAUAGCAAAAGAAAAGCAGCCUUUUGAACGUCUAGAGUUGACUAAACAACAGUUACUGGAAAUGUUUGAUUACAACCCUUUCAAAGUGCGCAUUUUGAACGAGAAAGUUAACACCCCUACUACUACGGUGUAUAGAUGUGGGCCCCUCAUUGAUUUGUGUAGGGGGCCCCAUGUCAGGCAUACGGGGAAGGUUAAGGCCUUGAAAGUUACUAAGAACUCGGCAACGUACUGGGAAGGUAAAGCCGACGCGGAAAGCUUACAGCGUAUCUACGGCGUCUCCUUCCCUGAGCCCAAACAGCUGAAGGAAUGGGAGCAUAUACAGGAGGAAGCCGCCAAGAGGGACCAUCGCAAGAUCGGCAGGGAACAAGAGCUGUUCUUCUUCCACGAGCUGUCCCCCGGGUCGUGCUUCUUCCAGCCGCGCGGAGCACACAUAUACAAUACUCUCGUUAACUUCAUUAGAGAGCAGUACAGAAUCCGCGGCUUCCAAGAGGUGGUAACGCCGAACAUGUACAACUCGAAGCUGUGGCAGACGUCAGGCCACUGGGCGCACUACGCCGAGAACAUGUUCUCCUUCGACGUCGAGAAGGAGACCUUCGCGCUCAAGCCCAUGAACUGUCCCGGACAUUGCUUACUAUUCGACAACCGCACCCGGUCCUGGCGCGAGCUGCCACUCCGGCUGGCAGACUUCGGCGUCCUGCACCGCAACGAGCUGAGCGGCGCCCUGACCGGCCUCACGCGAGUGCGGCGCUUCCAGCAGGACGACGCGCAUAUAUUCUGUACGCCGCAACAUAUCGAGCAGGAGAUGAUUGCGUGCCUAGAGUUCCUCGAUCAUGUGUACACAACCUUCGGCUUCACUUUCCAACUGAAGCUGUCCACGAGGCCUGAGAAGUACCUGGGAGACCUCGCUACGUGGGACCAGGCUGAAAAGGCUCUAGCAGACUCACUGAACAAAUUCGGUCGACCCUGGCAAUUGAACCCGGGCGACGGUGCCUUCUACGGUCCAAAGAUAGACAUCACCAUACAGGACGCCUUGAGACGAUCACAUCAGUGUGCAACCAUACAGUUAGACUUCCAACUGCCGGAGAGAUUCAAUCUUACUUAUGUUAGUGAAAGUGGCGACAAGAAGCGUCCGGUAAUCAUUCACCGAGCUAUCCUAGGCUCAGUGGAGCGUAUGAUCGCUAUACUGAGCGAGUCGUACGCGGGCAAGUGGCCCUUCUGGCUCAGUCCCCGGCAAGUGUGUGUCGUGCCUGUCGGACCUUCGUUCGAUGACUAUGCUGUGCAUGUGAACCAGCAGCUGUUCGCAGCAGGCUUCAUGUCGGAGGUGGACACGGACGCGGGCGACACGCUCAACAAGAAAGUCAGGAAUGCACAGCUCGCGCAGUUCAACUAUAUCUUAGUUGUCGGCGACCGCGAGAAGACUUCAGGCACGGUUAACGUUCGUACCCGCGACAACAAAGUGCACGGCGAGAUGUCCAUACAGGGACUCAUAGACCAUCUCAACUCGCUCGUCAAAAACAAGACCUUGGCCGAAGACAGUGAACUGAUGAAGUAGAGGAAAAAUUAGUUUUUGAAUCGUUCGUGAAAGUGGGGUAUUUUGAAGGAAAAUUAUUGGUGAAAGUUCUGUAUUGAUUGAAGAAAUGAAAAUAGGUAAUUGUUGGUUUAAAUAAGGGUAAAACAUUUUUAUGAAUUUUUUUGUAUUUCGUAUUUUUUUGUGUGUCGAGAAGAUUAGACUAGCAGGUAAAUUAUAAAAAUAUCGUAAAAAUUAAUAUAUAAAAGCAUUUAUUUAUUUAUUUAACAAUUCUGUUUCUAUAAAAGAUCUGCUGCUAAAAAUUCUAAUAAAAUACGAAAUUCAUGUAUCAGAGUAUGUUUAAAUUUCAUCACGAACGAUUCAAAAACCAACCUUAAGUUUAGAACAAAAAGGGUUAGAUUGAAAUAAAAGUAUUGUUCCAACUUUGUGUAAACUGUCGGAAGUUUUUCAAUUAUUUAUUUAGAACUCUAGAUACUUACGGAUCUAGUUAAAACUAGUUUAAAUAGUAUGUAAGUCACCGAAUUUCAGUUUUAUUGGCAUUUGACACCCACUGCUGGGCAAAGAAUUCCAUGAACCUCGCAUUUUAUAUGAAUAGGUUAUGUUCGAUUUUUUAGUAAAAAAAAAUAGUGAUGAUUUUGUGUUUUUAGCAAUAAAAUUGAUAUUAAAAUUUUAGCGGUGUUGAGUACUUUACCCAGCGUUGGGCUAGAUUAGGUAAUGUAUGGUUUAAUACUGAAGAAGUUAAUUUCUAGCUUUCUUAAGCGGUUCAGUACCGAUUAUGGUAAAUUUUGCUGUAUUUCCAGUGAGAAGAAAAUCUUUACCUUUCCGUCUCUCGUAGUAAUUUAUUUUGAGUAGUAAACUUAAGCUUGUCAACUUCUAAAGUUUAUAAUUAUGUUAAGGCAUGCCGAAACUAGUUACUAAAGUAUAGGCACUAAAAUGACGUCAACUUUUAACUUAUUUGUGCUUUUUGCAAGCUGAAAUAUUUUCACGAAAUUAAGAGCAAUGUAAUAUUGAUAUUUUACGCUUAAUGUUUGAAUCCUCUUUGAUUAAAUUUGAAAAAUAAAAGGCCUAAAUGUGUAUCUAAGACAGGUCAAGGAAAAAAUAUCAGCAAGUUUUCAAGAAUAUUUUAAUUUUUGUGCAUUUUUCAACAUUAUUACUAUUUCGGUGUGCUACUUGCUUUGUGUACGGUUUUGGUUUAUGAAUGAGCAUUUAAAAUGUUUUGAACCUAGCUAGUACAAUUAAAUUAACCUUUAACGGC